AUGGAAGAAAAAUUAUGUGAAUAUCAUUUUUUUAAUAAAUAUAUUAAGAUGGUUAUACCUGAUAAUUAUUUGGACGUAUCAAAAUUUAGAUUGAUACCUGAUAAUCAAGAAGUAUAUGUUCAUAAAUUUGAUAAUAAAUGUAUAAUUAUUGAAAUUUUAUGUUAUCAAAAUAUAGAUGAUAAUGAAAAAGGGAGUUUUUAUUUUUAUGAUUUAGCUAAAGAAAAUGAUAGUAUAGAAAAUAUUAUAAUAAUGAAUAAUAGUACCAUACCUCAUUCACAAAAGAACUAUUUUUUAGUAGUUGGAAAACAAAAGGUAAAAAAACAAGAUUCACAGGUAUAUGAAAACAUUUUACUUUACAUAUGCAUAUUCCCUUUUAAAGAAUAUAAUGCUGAUAUUUUAAUAACAUGGAAUAUACCAAAGGAAGAUUUAAACAUCCAACCAGAAUUAAAUAUAUUUAAUGAAAUGAUACAAUCAUUUAGAAUACUUGAUUAUGGUUUAUUUGUUUAA